AUACCCUUCUCAAUUCAAAUCUCAAGAUAUAAAAACACCACCUUAUACUAUAAUAUACCAUCUCAAACUCCUAAUCCCCUUUUCCUCUAAACUUGUUCAGCUUUCCUAUUCGUUGGUAGUGUAAUAACCAAAACAAAAUGGAGAAAAUCACAAGAUUAGCUCUACUAAUAACCACAGCCAUUUUCUUCCUUUGCAAACCUAUCUCAGGCCAAAGUCCGGCGAAGUCACCGGCGCCAGGAGGCCCUGUUGACAUAAUAGCUGUUCUUAAAAAAGCAGGGCAAUACACCACAUUCAUCAAGCUUCUAAAGGGUACCCAAGUAUCUGACCAAAUCAAUUCCCAACUUAGUGGUUCAAGUCAGGGCAUUACAGUCUUUGCACCCACCGACUCAGCCUUCUCUAGCCUCAAGACAGGCACUCUCAACUCCUUGACCAGUGAACAACAACUUCACCUAGUUCAGUACCAUGUCCUCCCAGCCUUUUAUACCAUCUCCCAAUUCCAAACUGUCUCCAACCCAAUUCAUACCCAAGCUGGUAAUAGCGAAAAUGGCCAGUACCCACUUAAUGUAACAACCUCGACUAGUAACCAGGUCAACAUUACUACUGGUGUGGUCAAUGCUACCGUCAGUAAUACCGUCUAUACUGAUGGCCAGCUUUCAGUAUUCGAAGUCGACCAAGUUUUGCUUCCUUUAGAUAUUUUUGGAACGGCUACAGCUCCGGCACCGGCGCCCGUGGCUGAUUCUAAGCCUGUUAAGAGUGUUGACCAAGAUUCCGAUGAUGCUCCGGCCAAGUCUAAGGGCCCCGAUGAUGAUGACGAUUCUGGUGCUUUGGGCCUCAAAUCAGGCUCAAUCGGUGGGCUUUUAUUUGUUGGAGCAGCUCUUCUUGCCGUCUUUUAAUUUUUUAUUUUUAAUUUUUGAAUCCUUUUGUGUGGCAUUGGAACAAUUGCAAUUCCCUUUUGAAGUUUUAUUGAUUGAAACCAUUAUUCUUUUUCUACAAUUAAUUUUGUCUGGCUCACUAGAGUUACUUUGUAAGAAAAAACUAAAAUAAUGAUAAAUCCAAGUAGAUAAAUAAAAAUAAAAAAUAAUUAAGUUCUUU